GACCCCCGCGGGCUUGUUUUGAACCUGCGCUCAUGGCACCCAAGACCAAGGAGAAAGGUGGAGGCAAGGGCAAGGGCAAGGCCAAGGGCAAUUCGGACACCGCCAAGCGCCUCCAGGAGCUGGACGGGCACUCGGUGGAGGCGGAGUCCAACUUCGAGAUCUUGAGGGCCCAGCGGGCUCAGGCGCGGAAGGGGGUCAAGACCUUCAAGGACAUCCGGGAGAAUGAGGGUGUCGAUGAGGAUGACCCCCUGAACAGCAUCGACGACGGAAUCCGGCUUGAGCCCUUCAACAUGCGUCGCGAGAUGCGCGAGGGGCACUUCGACGAGAGUGGCUUCUACGUGCUGAACAAGGACGAGGAGAAGAAGGUCACGGACGCUUGGCUGGACACCGUGGACCAGGCCGAGCGCACCGCCACCUUCCGCGCCGCCGAGAAGCAGAACAAGGCCCUGAGCACUGCGGCCAACCGCAUCUCGGCCAUGGCGAAGAAUCUGGGGCCGGACUCUGAGGGCGAGGAGGAGGAGGAGGACAAAGAAGAGGGCGAAGAGGACAAGAAGGAGGACAAGGAGACGGAGAUGAAGCCGGAAGAGGCGGAGGCAGAGGACAAGGAGGAUGAAGCGAAGGUCAUUGACAUCUUGGAGGAGUUGGUGGCCUUCCUGCAUCCUCUGGAGACUCCCGCCAUGGCCUUGUCUCGGGUCCGCCGGGGGGUGGAAAAGAAGGAGGUGGCCUUGAAGACGCGCGCCCGGAUGCGCCAGAGCAAAGCUGGCCCCGCCGCAACGACGACGGUGGAGCGGGAGGCAAAGGCGAAGAAGAGGGCCAGGUUCAACGAGUGGGGCUACGAGGAGCCGCAGGACACGCCAGCAGCGGAGGUGAAGGAGGCGGAGAAAACGGAAGAGCCGGCGCCAGAAAAGACUGCAGAGGCGCCAGAGAGGACGGUGCCCGCGGAGGUGGAGUCGGACAAGAGCAAGGUGGAGUCGGAGCUGGCCAAGGCGGAGGCCCUGCGCGCGGAGGCGGCCGCCGCCGUGAAGGCGGAGCAGCAGAAGGCGCAGCUGGAGGCGCAGCAGGCGGCCCAGAAGUCCUCAGUGACCUCUCCCGAGGCGGUGGCCUUGGCGGCGCAGAAGGCGCAGCAAGAGGACGCCGCGCAGGCGGAGGCGGCCAAGGCCUUCGCGGCGGAGAUGAAGAUGUCGCGCCACGUGGCGCGCGCUUUGGUCCCCGAGGGCCCGGAGGCUGCGGCAAUGGUGAACCUGAACUCAGAGGAGACCCGGGAGGUGCGGGAGAAGGCCCAGCCCAAAGUCCCGGAGGAGCAGCCUUUCGACGGCCCGGCCCGGCCGGCGGGAAAGACCACCCGGCGCCAGCAGAGCGAGGAGGAGAUGGAGAAGAGGGCCAAGAUCGACAAGAUCACGGACCUUUGCAACCAGCUCUUGGCAAAAAGCAAAAGCCGUACCGCAAAGCACGAUCUCAGAAAGUUGAAGGUCCUGAAGCCGGAGAAGCGAGUGAAGGAGAGGGGUGUGCUGGUCUACGACUCCACGCGGGAGUUGCUGGCCAUUGACGUGCGCCAACGCAAGGGCGAGAAGCUCCAGGAGGCCGACGCCGGCUCUGCGUGCGCUGCGGCGGCGACUCCCGAGAAGCGGCCGGCGGAUGCGGCGGUGCAGUACACCAACAAGCGCUUCAAGGCGGCUGAGGGUGAACCAAAAGCGGUGGUGGAGGCUGCCGCUUCGACUCCUUCCGCGCCUUCGGCGCCGGCUCUGCUGUGGCAAUUCAGAUGGGGUCACAACCUGCAGGAGGUGAACGGGCCCUUCGACUCGGUGACAAUGCAGGGCUGGGUCACGCAGGGCUGCUUUUCUGAGGACAGGAAGGCAGAAGUACGGCAGUGCAACGAGAGGAAUGAAGCGCAGGAAAGAUGCUGGCACCCCAUGGAGAAGAUCGACUUUGAGCUGUACAUAUAGCGUUAGGACAUCAUUUUGUACAGGAGUGGGAAAUCGCCGCGGGUCAAGUCAGGCAAAUCCUGCCGUCACUCGAUGUUAGCACCUGAACUGACAGGCCAGGUGUGUCGGACUCUUGCGAUGGCCCUUAGCCAGGCCCCUAGAAAGCGUUGCCCGGGCCCUUGUCCACAUGCCCACAGGAGUGGCAAAGUUGGAAAAGGGGCCAUGCCGCAAAGCACAGCGGGCUUCCGCGCGGAUGCAAAAGUUCAGCCGCCUUGGGGAGAAAGAUGCAGCUGCUGGCCCUUGA